AUGAAUCCGGUGGAUGGAGGAGGAGAAGUGGGCCCGGACGGCCUGGCGACGGCAGGUCCUGGUAAAGCAGAGUGUGUUCGGGCGGUCGACGUCCUGACAGUGCUCAGAGAGAAAGUGGCCUUCGUGUCAGGUGGGCGGGACAAACGUGGCGGACCAAUCCUGACCUUCCCUGCUAGGACCAAUCAUGAUCGAAUAAAACAGGAAGACCUCAGCCGAUUGGUCACGUACCUGUCGACCAUACCCAGUGAGGACGUGCGCGCUCGUGGCUUCACGGUGGUGGUGGACAUGCGCGGCAGUAAGUGGGACAGCGUGAAGCCGGUUCUACGGACGCUGCAGGAGUCGUUUUCCUCCAACAUCCACACGGCGCUGCUCAUCAAACCAGACACCUUCUGGCAGAAACACAAGACCAACCUGGGCAGCGCCAAGCUCAGCUUCGAGACCAGCCUGGUGUCGGUGGAGGGUCUGUCCCGGCUCGUCGACCCCUCCCAGCUGACCUCUGACCUCGGUGGCUCGUUGGAGUACGACCAUGUGGAGUGGACCGAGCUGCGUCUGGGUCUGGAGGAGUUCUCUGGGGCCGCCACGCAGCUGCUGGCCCAGCUGGAGCAGCUGGAGGCCGGGCUGAACCGCAUACCAGAGCCACAAGACGUGGAUGAGGCCCGCAAACUUCUCGAGGAACACGGUCGUCUCCGUAACACCAUCGCCACGGCACCGGUUGACGCCCUUGAGCGGGAGGGGCGGAGCUUGCUCCAACGCAUGCGCCUGGGCCCCACCCAUGGUGACACCUCUACUGAGGGUGGCGGCGGCGGCGGCGGUAGCCACGGCAGCUGGCUGUCGGGCGGGGCGGACUUCCAGAGUGUCGCGCCAAAGGUUUCGUCUCUGCUGGACCGGCUGCAGGCGGCUCGCAGUCAUCUGCUGCAGAGCUGGAGCGACAGGAAGCUGCACCUGGACCAGGCGCUGCAGCUACACCUGUUCGAGCAGGACGCCACCAAGAUGUCCGAGUGGAUCGCUCACAGUAAAGACUUGUUCAUGCAGAGUCUGGCGGAGGUCGGCCAGAACCACCAGCACGCCCUCGACCUCCAGACACAACACCAGCACUUCACCGCCAACUGCAUGAAUGGCAGCGUGAACGUGGACAGCGUGGUUACCGUGGCAGCGAGGCUGGCAGAGGCCGGUCACUACGGGGCGGAGCGGAUCACCAUGGUGUCGUCACGGCUACAGGAGGACUGGAAGUCCCUGACGACGGCGUUGGAGGAGCGCAGCAAUACACUCGCCAUGGCAACCGGCUUCCACCAGGGGGCAGAGCAGUUCCUGCUCAGAGUGGAGGGCUGGGUUCAGGUGUGCUCUGAAGGGUCGUUGCCGUCUGCGACAGCAGAGCUGGAGGCUGCGAUUAAGAAACACCAGGAACUGAACGAGGAGAUCUCUGCUAACUACACACAGGUCAGUGAGAGUGGUAAAGCCUUAUUGGACGUCCUCCAGCGUUGCCCGGUGAAUGACUCCGACGACCCGGCGACUAAACCGGACUUCACGGCUGCCACGCACGGCAUCAUGGGAGUUCUGCACCAGGUCAUGCAGGGUCACCAUGAGGUGGAGGGGGCGUGGCAGCAUCGAAAACUCCGCCUCCACCAGCGCCUGCAGCUGUGUGUGUUUCAACAGGAUGUUAGACAGGUGUUGGACUGGGUGGAGCAGCAUGGUGAGGUUUUCCUGAACAAACACAGCGGCGUGGGGAAGUCCCUGCAUCGAGCGCGAGCGCUGCAGAAACGCCACGACGACUUCCAGCAGGUGGCGCAGAACACUUACACGAAUGCAGAGAAGCUUCUGGAAGCAGCAGAUCAGCUGGCUCAGUCUGGAGAGUGUGAGGAGGAGGAGAUCUACCAGGCAGCCAGAGACCUGGAGCUCCGCAUGCAGGCGUUCAUCCAGCGAGUUGAACAGAGGAAGCUGCUGCUUGACCUCGCUGUGUCUUUCUACACACACACCAAGGAGCUCUCAGUAUGGAUGGAGGGCCUCCAGAAGCAGCUCUCCUCAGAUCUCUGUGUUUGUCCGGACACCGUCGAGGCACUGCAGGCUCUCAUCAGCCAGCAGCAGCAGCAGCAGGCCAACACACAGGAAGCUGCGAUGAGUGUCAUCCGGGAAGGAGAAGACCUCAUCUUGCAACUCAGGCCCCAGGGCAGCUCGGUGGCCCAUGUGGAGUCGGUGCUACAGCAGCUGGAGGAGUCUCAUGUCCAGCUGGAGGAACUUUUCCACCAGAGGAAGAUCCGAUUGGAUGUUUACCUGCAGUUCCGCAUUCUGCACCAGUGCACGCUGGAGGUAACUGGGGAAAUGGACGCCUGGAAGCAGGACCUCCAGAAACAGUCCCAGGACUUCUCUGCAGAGAAGCUGGCAUCACCGCGGCUAGCUGACGCCAACCAGGACAAGCUAGCCCAAGACAAGCUAGGAUUGGGCCAGUCACGGCUAGUGGAGGCUAGCCCAGAGGUGCUAACGCUAGCACAGCAGCGCAUCCACAGGCAUAUGGAACGAAGGCUGGCGAUGAACAAUAUGAUCUAUGAGGUCAUACAACAAGGUCACGACCUUCAGCAGUACAUCACAGAGGUCCAGGCGUCAGGUAUCGAGCUGUCAGAGGCAGAAGGGGGCCUCUCUUCUCAGGUGGAGGAGCUGCAGCACCUCCUGCAGGACAAACAGAAGGAACUGCAGCAGAUUGCAGAUCAUACACACACACACCUGGAGCAGAACCUGCAGCUGAGACACCUGCAGAGCCAGGUCAAACAGGUGCUGGCUUGGAUUUCAGAAGGGGAGGUCAUGUUGUCGUCCUGCAUGUUGAAUUCCAGCUGUCUGUCUGAAGCUGAGCAGCUGCAGAGGGAGCAUGAGCGCCUCCAGCAGGCCAUAGAGGCUCUGCUCCACGCCGACUCCCUGCAGAGGACUCAUCAGGUGGCUCUGGCUCUGCAGCAGAGAGCAGAGUUGCUGGUCAGGUCAGGUCACUAUGAUCCAGAUGCAGUGAGGUCUUGUGCCCAGACGGUGGCGCUGCACUGGCAGACACUGAUGCUGAGGAUCGAAGACAGACUCAAACUGGUCAACGCCUCCGCCGCGUUCUACAGGACAUCCCAGCAGGUGUGUGGGGUGCUGGAGAGUCUGGAGCAGGAGUACCGCAGGGAGGAGGACUGGUGUGGAGGUGGAGACAGACAGCCAGAGCAACUCAUGCCGCUCAUCAACAAACACAUGGAGCAGAAGGAGGCGUUCCUGAAGGCCUGCACUCUGGCCAGACGAAACGCUGAAGUUUUCCUUAAGUACAUCCACCGCAACAGCGUGACCAUGGCGAACAUCUCAGGCCACAGUGUCACCGUCUCCGGGGUAACAGGGGUCACCGAGGUCACCGGGCACUCCAGGGUACCAGAGCAACAGGUCAAAGGUAUUCUCAGCGAGCUGCUCCAAAGGGAGAACAGAGUUCUUCAUUUCUGGACUUUGAAGAAACGUCGACUGGAUCAAUGCCAGCAGUACCUGAUGUUCCAGAGCCACGCCCAGCAGGCUCUGGAUUGGCUACAGCAGUCAGGUGACCACUACCUGGCCACGCACACAUCGCCAGGGGCAACGGUGGCUGAGACGCAAGAACUGUUGAACCAACACAGAGAGUUCUGUGUGUCCGCCAAGCACACACAGGAAAAGGUUCACCUGCUGAUUCAACUGGCUGAGAGCAUGCUGGCUAAAGGCCACGCCCACCGCACCGAGCUGCGCCGCUGCGUGUCCACGGUCGACAAACGAUACCGCGACUUCACUGUCAGGAUGGGACAGUACCGCCACCUGCUGGAGACAGCGCUCGGAGGGUGCUCACAGGACAAUAAGGACUUGGAACUGGAGCUGAUCCCCAACAGUCUGUCUGACUCCGACCCCGAGGUCAACCUGUCCGACCCCAGUCAUCAGGUCAGCGACGAGAAGCGACGCUCUGCCCGCAAGAAGGAGUACAUCAUGGCUGAGCUCCUUCAGACAGAAAGAGUCUAUGUCAGAGAUCUUCAGGAGUGUAUUGAGACGUACCUGUGGGAGAUGACGAGCGGCUCAGAGGACGUCCCUCCUGGUCUCAACAACAAGGACGACAUCGUGUUCGGAAACAUCCAAGACAUCUACGAGUUCCACAACAGUAUUUUCCUGAAGGAGCUGGAAAACUACGAACAGCUUCCUGAGGAUGUUGGGCACUGCUUCGUUACCUGGGCCGAUAAGUUCCACAUGUACGUGACGUACUGCAGGAACAAGCCGGACUCCAGUUUACUGAUCCAGCAGCACGGCGUGGGGUUCUUUGAGGAGGUCCAGAGGAGACAUGGUCUAGCCAACUCCAUCUCCUCAGCUCUCAUCAAACCAGUUCAGAGGAUCACCAAAUACCAGCUGCUGCUCAAGGAGCUGCUCGCAUGCUGCGAGGAGGGGAAAGGCGAGAUAAAAGAAGGCCUGGACGUGAUGCUGAGCGUCCCCAAGAGGGCUAACGACGCUAUGCAUGUUAGCAUGCUGGAAGGGCUGGAGGAGGGUCUGGAGGUGCAGGGGGAGCUCCUCCUCCAAGACUCCUUCCUGGUUUGGGAGCCAAAGUCUCUGAUCAGAAAGGGGCGAGACCGACACCUCUUCCUGUUUGAGCUGUCGCUCAUCUUCAGCAAGGAGAUCAAAGACUCGUCCGGACGAACCAAAUAUCUCUACAAGAGCCGACUGAGGACCUCAGAGCUCGGUGUGACGGAGCACAUCGAGGGGGAUCCCUGCAAGUUUGCUCUGUGGGUUGGACGAACGCCGACAUCCGACAACAAGACGGUGCUGAAGGCGUCAUCGUUGGAGCUGAAGCAGGAGUGGGUCCGCAGCAUUCGACAGGUGAUCCAGGAGAGGCGGGGACACCUGCGGGGGGCGCUGAGGGAGCCCAUCCCCCUGCCAAAGACGCCAAACCCCACCCUGGGGCGGCAGCGCAGCAUCAGCCGCAGGGAGACCAGUGAGGACGCAGACAGUCUGGGUGAUGCCAGCAGUCAGCCCGACACCGUCUCCAUCGCCUCCAGAACAUCGCAAAACACCGCUGACAGCGACAAGCUGUCAGGAGGCUGUGAGUUAGUGGUGGUGCUGUUGGACUUCUCCUCCGGGGGGCCAGGAGAGCUCAGCGUCCGCUGCGGGCAGACCGUGGAGCUGGUGGAGCGUUCGGCCGAACGGACCGGGUGGUGUUUGGUCAGGACGACGGAUCAAACGCCCCAGCAGGAGGGUUUACUGCCGAUGAGCGCCCUCUGUCUGUCACACUCCCACAGCGCAGCCGACAUGGAGGGGCUCAUCCCGGCCUCCACCACCUCCUCCAGCUCAUCAUCUACGUGCACCACCACCUCCUCGUCCUGCAACUCCUCCUCCACCACCACCACCUCUUCCUCCAGCAGCUCCAACUCGUCCUCUACUCUGAGCGCUGGGAGGGACUCGACUCUGUACAGCUCUGAAGGUUCAGGGCUCCAGACUCAAACCAGCCAAAGCGCCACUUCUCCCACAGUGUAUGGAGUAGGCGGGGCUCCAGGGGGCGCUGUCGGCUCUCCGGGACCGAAACGCAGCGUGUCUGGAACUGGAAACACCCUGAAGCGCUGGUUGACCAGUCCCGUCCGGAGGCUGAGUCAGGGAAAGGCUGACGGACAGAAGAAACCUCCAAUCAGAACCAGGAGGCGGGACAACAGGCCAGAGCUGACCACACCCCUCACUGGCAACACACAGACGAAGGCGAGGAAGGAGGAGGCGGGGCAGAGUGGAGGGGAGGAGGAGCCAGAGGAAGAAAGCCACACCCCUCUACCACCUCCCAUGCAGAUCAUCAAAGACCCAAACAACCCGGAGGCUCUGGAUUCAGAUCAGGGCUCCAACGAGUCGGACACCGAACAGCGAAAUAAAGCGCUGAGGGGACGCAUGUUUGUGGUUAACGAGAUGAUCCAAUCAGAGAAGGACUAUGUGAAGGAUCUGGGUGUGAUUGUGGAGGGCUUCAUGUCCAGGCUGGAGGUCAGAGGGAUUCCAGAGGACAUGAGAGGAAAAGACAAGAUCGUCUUCGGCAACAUCCAGCAGAUCUACGACUGGCACCGCGACUUCUUCCUCGUGGAGUUGGAUCGUUGUGUCCAGAACCACGACCUGCUGGCCGACCUCUUCAUCAGACACGAGCGUCGUCUUCACAUGUACGUGGUUUACUGUCAGAACAAGCCGAGGUCGGAGUUCAUCGUCAUCGAGUACGAGAACUUCUUUGAGGAGAUCCAGCAUGAGAUCAGCUGCAGGAUGUCAAUCAGUGAUUAUUUGAUCAAACCCAUCCAGAGAAUCACCAAGUACCAGCUGCUGUUGAAGGACUUUCUGAAGUACACGUCCAAAGCAGGACUCGACUGCGAGGAGAUCGAGAAAGCAGUGGAGUUGAUGUCACUGGUACCGAAACGCUGCAACGACAUGAUGAACCUGGGACGCCUGCAGGGAUACGAGGGGAAGCUGACGUCUCAGGGGAAGCUGCUGCAGCAGGAGACCUUCUGUGUCUGGGAGCAGGACGGAGGAGUCCUGUCUCGCAGUAAAGAGCGAAGAGUUUUCUUGUUCGAGCAGAUCAUCAUUUUCAGUGAACUGUUGCGCAAAGGCUCCAACAACCCUGGAUACCAGUUCAAGAACAGCAUCAAGGUGAGUUACCUGGCGAUGCAGGACAGUGUAGACGGUGAUCCCUGCAAGUUUGUGUUGUGGUCUCGUGGUUCGGCAGAGCGCUUCACGCUGCAGGCGUCCUCCGCCAGCAUCAAGCUGACCUGGGUGGAGACCAUUGCCACCCUGCUGGACGCCCAGAACAACUUCCUGUCAGCUCUUCAGUCUCCCAUUGAGUACCAGAGGAAGGAGGGUGGGAUCUCUGUGACCCGCCCUCUGUCAUCAGGGCGACCGCCGUCGGCCCCGCCCACGCCCAAUGGUCACGCUCCUCAGCCUCCUCCUGACAGCGAGCAGGACGACCAGGAGCUGGUGCUGGUGCUGCAGGACUUCGUGGCGGUGCGGGAGGACGAGAUCUCUGUGUUUCGGGGGGAGAAGGUUCAGAUUCUGGCGUCCAACCAGCAGGGUCAGAGUCUGGUCUACCGGCCGGCCAACAGCGACUCGCCGGCCGCCGAGGGCUGGGUCGCACGCAGCGUGCUCAACACACACUGACACACAGAAAUACACAAAGACACACACUGACAGCAGGGUCAGGGUCUGGUUUACUGCGAGUACACACACACUGACUCAAAAUACUGCACGCUAACGGGGCCAAAGGCAUGCUGGGAAAUUCUUUCAUGAUGGUUUACUCUGUGGAAAGUGGAGCUCACACCAAAAUAUCUCAGCAUUCAUGCUCCACAGAGGCUGAAGGCUUCCUGCAGCGCCACCAUCAGGACAAACUCUGCAUUUCAUCAUGAGUCUUAGUUCACAGCAAACAGGAUUGUGGGGCUGCAACUAAUGAUUCUUGCCAUUAUCAAUUAAUUUACCUUUUAUUCUCCUCAUAAAUUGAUUUGUUCUAAAAACUCACAACUUCCUAAAACCCAACAUGACGUCUUUAAUUUGCUUCUUUUAUCUGAUUGACAGGUCAUCACCAAACAUAUUCCCUUUAUUUUCACAUAAGAGAAAGAAAAGCUGAGAAAUUCAAACUAAGGGCUAAUCCAACUAACAGAUGGCAUUCUGUAAUUUGAUUGGAUGCUUACUGACCACUAAAGACAGGCAUUUAAAAACAGUCCACAAGAGGCCAACAGAAAAAUAAAGCAUUAAACUCACUCACUGUGAGAAGUGUACUCUGCUGCCCCCUACAGGCAGGGAUGGCACAUGACAACACAGGCCUUUUACAAAGACCUACAAACGUCCUGCUUCCCCAUCAACACGUCAAGAGUUCAAAGUCCUGCUAGCGGCUAGUGCUAGCCUGCAGCCACAAUAUUGAAAUACUGGACAGAACAAACAACAUCCGGAUGAUUUUUCUUUUCUCAAUCUUACCAGAGGUGGAGUUUGUCCUGACGGGGGUGCUAAAGAAGUGUUUACCAACAUCUUUGGCCGGCGAGCCUUUUAAAUGAAGCAGUUAUUGAUUAAUAGUUCAUGCUACCAAAUGUCAGAAAAUAGUGAGAAAAAGUUCCCGAAUCCUAAAGUGACAUCUUACAACAGCUUGACCAGCAGUCCAGAGCCAAAAAUAUUCAAUUUGUAAUGAUGUAAAACAGAGAAAAGUAACAAAGUAUUACAUUUGGGAAGCUGAAACCAGAGAACGUCCAUUUCUAUGGUUCUCUAUGGUUCUACAGGUUCUCCAAGACUUUUCUGUGGCAGAGCAUGUUUUUCUAUCCUGCUCGUCAUUUGGACCCCUCAGAUUUAUCUUGUGAUCACUUAUUGGGGUCCUGACCCUCGUUUUUAGGCUCCACAUUCAGAACUGUGGCCGAGAGGUUUCCUAACACACUUUAUGCCCUGAUUACCUGCCAGUAUUAAUCACACACACACACACACACACACACACAAACUCCCAGCAGCAGGUACUGUUAAUCUCCUCCCUCCUUCCUGGUGCUUCAACACUCAGCCAAAAGACACCUCUGUCCUCACCUCGUCCAAUCAGACGAUGCCGUCAGGUCGGCCUCCAGUUUACUGCCCCGAGCAACCAAUCGCACUCUGAUGACAUCACAAACUGUUUCCUGUGGGUCAGUGGGAGGGAGACCACGUGACCACAUCAUCAUCACCGCCACCAUCAACAACAACAGACUGGGAUUCCAGGAAGCUGCGGUUGCCUAGCAACAAGAGACAGUUAAAAAAAAUAAAAAACAAAAGCCUCCUGGAAGAGAAGAGGUGAAAGGACCCGUCAGCCAAUCAGAACUGAGCUCUCUGCGUGACAUCCUGUUAAUAGUGUGUAUAAACAGACUGAGAACACACACACACACUCCAUGUACACACCACUGCUUUGAUGAAGAUGAGGAAGAGGAAGAUGAUUAAUUAUGAUGAUUAUGAUAAUUAAGAAUAAUAGAAUCUGUUUUUCACCUCAAUAGACGAAAAAAGAGAGAAACUGUUUGUCAUAUUAAUGUUUGUGUGUCAGAGAGCGAGCGAGCGUGUGUGUGUGUGUGUGUGUGUGUUAGUGACGCCGUCCUGUGUGUGUGUGUGUGUGUGUGUUUUUCCACAGACAGUUAGGUGGUGUCCCGGUGUAGCGUUGCCAUGUGUUUGCG